AUGGCAAGAAUUGAAUUACCAGAAGUUUUGGUUAUGGAAAUUCUGUCAAAGCUUCCAGUUAAAUCCCUUGCUCGCUUCAACUGUAAUGCAAUCCCCUCUGUUUAUGGUGCGUGUCAUGGAUUAUUGUGUUUACAAGAACUUUCAACGGAUAAGGCUGCCCUUUGGAACCCAUCAACCAGAGAGUUUAAAAUCCUUCCACCAUCUUCAAUCCAACGCCCUCCAUAUCUUUCCCCCAUGGAAGGUAACCUUGCUUUAUAUGGCGUUUCUUUCGACCACGCUGCUUUGGGGUUUGAUUCUAAAACUAAUGAUUACAAAGUCAUACGAUUUGUUAGUUUUAUCUAUUAUCAUCGUCCAUUUGUUACUCGUACUUUUGUUAAUAUUGAAGAAGAACAACGAUAUGCAUAUCCUCAUUAUGAGUUCCAAGUUGAGUUGUAUUCAAGUAGAAGUGAUUCCUGGAAGGAAAUUCCAUGUCCUCUUUAUACCCCAACUGAUUUAAUUUUGGGAAAUAAUUAUGUAGAUGGAAUUUGCUAUUGGAAAACAAUGACAGAGGCAUAUCUUGGACUAAUUCUCUUAUUUGACUUGGCGAAUCAGAAGUUUUCAAUAUUACCUUUCCCAGAAAUUGCUGGGUCUUGCUUACAUUACUAUGAUAAUCUAUUGAUGUUUAAUGGAUCACUUAGUGACAUUGUUUGCCUGUUGGAAGGAACUGGCAUGUCUUUUGAUUUAUGGGUUACGAGAGAAUGA